AUGAUCACCGUGGUCGCGUUCAUGAUCACGAGCAAGAUCUCCAGCAGGAGGGCUGAGCAGGCCUGCGCGGCUCUCGUGGGCCAGGAGGCCCCAGACAUCCAGCUGAUAGAGCAGGCUUCAGGCUCCACAACGACGCUGAAGGAGUUCCUGGCGAAGAACAAGAAGCCCACGGUCAUCGACUUCUACCAGAACUUCUGUCCGGCGUGUGGCCCGGCAGCUGAGAAGAUCGAGCAGCUCGCUGGAGACGAAAAGUACAAAGAUAAGGUCAACUUCAUGCUCGUGAAUAUGGGUUCCAGAGACGAUGCUGUAAAGUACGCCAAAGAGCGCAACUUGAAAGAUGCCUGGCAUGGACAUGGCAAGCCGCCGUCGGACUAUGGCGUCAUGUAUAUACCGCACAAGGUACUCAUCGAUAGCGACGGCAAGGUCGUCAAGAACUAUAAAGUGGAGCUGCCCAGCGACCUCGAGCUGGUACUCAACGCGAGCAAGAAGGAGUCUUAA